AUGGGCGGACCAGCAGGCAUCGUUUCGGAGGGCGGGGGCGCUGCGUACAAGACCUUGAGGAACAAUGUCGCUUCCAGUUGGAUUAGGGACCCUGGCCUUCGACGACUGAAUUUUGGCAUUGGCCUGAUGUUCUGCUCUGCGGCAGCCAAUGGCUUCGACGGAAGCUUGAUGAACGGGCUUCUAGCAAUCCCGCGAUUCAAAGAAGACUUGGGCCCCAUAUCAACAAGUAUACUCGGUCUCAUAAUUGCCGGUAUCAGCCUCGGUGGUCUCCCAUCUUUUAUUCCAGCAUCCUAUGUCUCGGAUAUGAUUGGGCGACGGUACACUGUGGCCAUUGGAUCCUCCAUCAUGCUUGCAGCUUCCAUUAUUCAAGCGGCGACAAACGGACCAUGGGCGAUCUUAGGUACUCGAAUCAUGCUCGGCAUAGGCCUUGGGUUCUCUCAGACCGCAGCACCACCCUUGACUACAGAAAUCGCACAUCCGAAGCAUCGCGGCCAGAUUACCGCGCUCUUCCAAGCCACCUGGUAUUGGGGAGCUAUUCUGUCGGCGUGCAUCACGCUUGGUACGCUAUUUGUACCAAACAGCUGGAGCUGGAGAGCGCCUUGCCUUCUGCAGGGGUUCUUCCCUGGGCUGCAGCUGUUUGGUCUACUAGUCACGCCGGAGUCGCCGAGAUGGCUCGUUUCGAAGGGAAGAACUGACGAAGCUUUGAACAUGCUCGCAAAGUACCACGCGAACGGCGACAUCAACGAUGAAUUGGUCCGCUUCGAAUUCUCCGAAAUCCAUGAAGCCAUCUUCCGCGAACGCGAAGCCUCCAAGACGACCGGCUUCCUCUCAUUCUUCGAGACCCGUGGAAAUCGCCACCGCCUCCUCAUCUGCGUCCUCGUCGGCUUCAUGAUCCAAUGGGCCGGCAACGGCAUUGUCUCGUACUAUCUCGCGCCUAUCCUCGAAUCCGUCGGUGUCACAUCCGCCAUCUCACAAGCAACCAUCAACGUUGGUCUUCAGGUCUGGAACGCGCUUCUCGCCGCGGCCGGUGCGGUUGCUGCUGAGCGGUACGGGAGGCGGCCGCUUUGGAUGAUUUCCGCGUGCGGUAUGCUGGUGUCGUUUAUCAUCGUGACUGCGUUGUCUGCGGUGUUCGCGGAGAAGCAUAUAGAUGCGGCAGGGUCGGCUGUCGUUGCUUUCCUGUUCAUCUUCUUCGGUUUUUACGAUAUCGCGUUCACACCGCUUUCGGUUGCUUACCCCGUGGAAAUCCUGCCUUUCCGCCUGCGUUCGAAAGGUUUGUCUAUCAACUUGACUGUUGUGUUUGGAGCGGGGUUCUUCAAUCAGUACGUUAACCCUGUCGCUCUUGGUGCGAUCCACUGGAGGUUCUACUUCGUGUACAUUGGGACGUUGUUUGCAAUGAUCUUUAUUAUCUACUUUCUGUUUCCAGAGACGAAGGGCCGCACGCUAGAAGAAAUCGCUAUCGUGUUUGAUGGGGAGGCAGCCGAGCCGGAAGUUCACCGCCGCGUAUCUGUUGCUAAGGAGUUGAAGGUCCAUGCAAGUGACGACACAGAAAAGCACACCGAUUCAACACAACCCACUCCCCUUCAAUUCAACUGUCUUGAGAGGUCGGACACCACCUCUCCCACGACCAACGAGAAGACGCGCCUGACCAUGCCGCUCAUUUCCGAGGAGAAGCACGAGCUCCAGGAGUUGAAUUCGCACACUCAGGACUUGCACUCGCAAAUUGGGGAGCUACAGGAGGAAAUCGUGGAGCUCGACGCGGCGAACGAAGCGAAGGAUCGCAAGAUCGAGGAACUGCAGGCGGAGUGUGACAAGCAUAAAGCCGACGCACAGAAACGGCUUCAAGAGGCACAGCUGUACAAAGACUGGAUUGAGAAGAAGAUGACGGAGCUGGAGAAGGCCAUUUCGGAGAUAGAGUUGGAGUAG